GUGAGGUGAAAGGCAAGCACAGGGAGUCCUCGGCGCUUCUUGAACACAGCGACAGCUGCGGAUAAGGCAGGAAUGCUACGACAAUUCCCAAAUCUUUUUUUCCCCACAUUUGGUCUCUGCCAGAUAAAAGAGCUCCUAAAACAGGCGAAACGGCCCAGAAGCGAUCGCUCUGUCAAUCACGGGACAGAGAAGAAUGACAUGUCUGACUCAUAUUUUUCCGGCCCGCCCGAUGACCGCAAACUUCAGCCGAGGCUUGAAGACUUACUGCAGGAUCGAGCGUAUUUGGCGGCUUUCCGCUCCCAUCUGCGAUCCGAGUUCAGCGAAGAAAACAUUGAGUUCUGGCUCACCUGUGAGAAGUUCCGGGCAACCGCCUCACGGGAGAACCUUUCGUGGAAAGCCAGAGGGAUCUACGAGGAGUUCGUCCGGCCCGCGGCCUCCAAAGAGAUCAAUGUGGACCAACGCAUUCGAGAAGAGAUCAAGAAAUCCUUGGAUCAACCGAAUCCGCGAUGCUUCGACGAGGCCCAGAAACAUGUUUAUCUGCUCAUGGAAAGAGACUCUUGUCCGCGAUUCCUGCAGUCCGAUGCUUACCUGAGCCUCAAGCAGAAAUCCAGGACCUUGUGGUACUUUUAGACUCGGACAAAGGAAAGAAAAGCCAAGAUUUUGUCACCGCUUUCUUCUUGUGAGCUGCUUGAAAAGAAGAAGAAAUAAAAAGAGCGAGCCAGCGUUCAUUCA